GGAGGAGGGGAGGGGGGGGGGAGCUGCUCGCCUACUCUCGUUUGAUGGAUCCGAGAAUCGCCUGGUUUCAACCAGAACAACGCGGACCCGCUAAUAACCUGUGGAUGCAAAUCUGGGAGACGACGCAAGGGUUCGGCUAUUUGCAUGUCAACAACCGCACCGGCAGGAUCAGCAGCAGCCUGAAAGCAGCGAGCCUCAACGGGGCGUCCAGAGCCGCCCUCGCCCUCGCUGAGGGGACCGCGCCGCUCGAGUCGAACGCCGGGAUGACGAGCCCCGCCGGGGACGGGGAGUUCAUGGUGCAGCGGGACUUUUUGCCACUGGAGAGCAUCGGCAACCACAACCACCGAGCCGCCAGCAGGGGCGGCGGACAGCAGCAGCAGGGCAGUGUGGGGACGGACGGGCACCCCAACAAAAGGAAACGGGUCAACAAGGCGAGCACUUUCGGAUUCAAUUCCAGCCUCCAGAACACCAACACGGAGGGCCGUGGCUAUUACACGGGCACGCCGUGGAAAACACGGAAUUACUCCGAAGGAAUCGUGGGGUUACAUGAAGAGAUCAGUGACUUCUACGCGUAUAUCUCGCCACGGCCGGAGGAGGAGAAGAUGAGGCUGGAGGUAGUGGACAGAAUCAAAGGCGUCAUACACAACCUUUGGCCGAGUGCUGAAGUGCAGGUGUUUGGAAGCUUCAGCACUGGUCUCUAUUUGCCAACAAGUGAUAUCGACUUGGUGGUAUUUGGGAAGUGGGAAACGCUUCCGCUGUGGACACUGGAAGAGGCUCUGCGCAAGAGGAACGUUGCAGACGAGAACUCCAUCAAAGUUCUGGAUAAAGCCACGGUUCCCAUAAUUAAACUGACCGACUCCUUCACGGAGGUCAAGGUGGACAUCAGCUUCAACAUAAAGAACGGUGUCAAAGCUGCGCGCCUCAUCAAGGAAUUCAAAGAGAAAUACCCUGUGCUGCCUUACCUGGUCCUCGUGCUCAAGCAGUUCUUGCUGCAAAGGGACCUCAACGAAGUAUUCACCGGUGGAAUUGGCUCCUACAGUCUGUUCCUCAUGGCCGUGAGCUUCCUGCAGCUUCACUUUAGGGCAGACGUGUGCCAGCCAAACAUGAACCUCGGCGUGCUGCUGAUCGAAUUCUUUGAGCUCUACGGCCGUCAUUUUAACUACAUGAAAACGGGCAUCCGGAUAAAAGACGGCGGUUGCUACGUUGCCAAAGACGACGUUCAGAAGAACAUGAUGGACGGCUACAGGCCUUCCAUGCUGUACAUUGAGGACCCACUGCAGCCAGACAACGACGUCGGCCGCAGUUCGUACGGUGCCAUGCAGGUGAAGCAGGCGUUUGACUACGCCUAUGUGGUGCUCAACCACGCCGUGUCGCCUAUUGCCAAAUACUACCCCAACAAUGAUACCGAGAGCAUUCUUGGCCGGAUCAUCCGCGUGACUCAGGAAGUGGACGAGUACAGAGGCUGGAUCCGAAAGAACUGGGGGAGCCCGUCUCAGAACGACCUGCCGCUCAACAGAAAUGACGUGACGCUGUUCAAGUCCCAGCAGCUGGACAAAUGCAACAACAACAACGUCCUGGUCCUGGACGAGGACGACGAGGACGAUGUCGUCGUCGUCCUGCCGUCGGCCCCCAACAGCAAGACUUCGUCCAACACUUCCUCGCCGUCUCCUUCCCUGCGCUCCUCGCCUUCCUCUUCGCCGCUGUCGCCCUCCUCCACGACGUCCUCCAGCUCGAGUGACGCGGACUCUGACGGUACGCCGUGCAAGACGGCCAAGCAGCAGUCCGGCAGGGCCGCCAGCGCCCACAGAGAAAAGUCGGCAGUCACGGCCGCCAAUCACAGAACGCAGAACCGCACAAGCAGCACUCCAACUGGAGGCAACAAGGGAGGAAAGGCAAGGAUACCUCGUCCGCAGCACAAGGGUGGCCAUCAGGGUCAGCAGAGCUCCUCGUCCUCCUCCAACAACAACAAGAGUCAUCCCAGCAACAAGCCGCACCACCAAGGCAACGGCAAGAAGAGGAAAAACGCGCGGGAUUCCGCACAAGAGGAGCUGUGCAGAUAGGGGGACGUUAAUAACCCCCUUGCCCCUCUUCCUGUCUCCAUUCAAGCUGGGGAAGGUGGAUAGGAACUAAGAUGGAUGAUUAGACGCUCAUUUGGCUUCCUCCUCUUUUUUCUUCGUCUCCUCCGACUGCCAGCAGCGCCCUCUUGCAUUAUUCUUAUCAUCAUCAUAAACAUGCCUCUUGCGCCUCCUGCUGUACAGGAAUGGAAGGAGCACACAAUAGGACCUCCCUCUCUGUUGGAAAUGACAUUUAAAAAAACAAACAAAAAAACUUUCUACAAAAAGAUACACGAAAAAACGGAACUGCUUCAAAUGUAUAAAAAAAAAAAAAAAGUUCUGAGAUUUUUAAUGAUGCCGUUUGUAGGGUGGCGACUCACAAAUGCGUGAGGUGUAACUUAUGCAUGAUUUUUUUUUUUUUUUUUUUGUCCGAACAGAUCAUAGAAAAAUUUCUACUGGAACAGAAAAACUUUUUUUUUU